ACACAUACACACUCUCACACACCUCCCUCCUCGCGCAUGCAGCUGCCACUUGCGGUAGUGACGAUGAUGAUGCUGGCGUGCAGAGGAGAACCAAUGACAGCGCAGGAUGCUGAGGGAGGCUGCUCGGCUGAAUGGAGGCGACGUGAUUCCGUUCGUCAAGCAGCACAAGAGAGGAAUUGACAUCGGGGGAGGCGCCUCCCCGUUGCUCCUUCCAACUUUGACCAGCUCCACCUCCCCAAGACCAUAAAUCAAGUCACCCAUGUGCGGUUCAGCGAACCUGUGCAGUAUCAUCGCAGCGCGCCCCCGUUAAGGACCCCCCUGGUGGCCGUGCGGCCGACUCACGGGACAUGUACGGCAGUGCCAGAGCUGUAGGUCACUUAGAGAGCAGCCCCGCACGCUCCCCGCGCCUGCCUCGGUCCCCCAGACUGGGCCAUCGGAGGGCCAACAGCGGGGGCGGGAGCGGCGCGGGGGGCAAGACGCUCUCCAUGGAGAACAUCCAGUCUCUCAACGCUGCCUACGCCACUUCAGGCCCCAUGUACCUGAGCGACCACGAGGGCGUGGGCUCCACGGCCACGUACCCCAAAGGCACCACCACUCUGGGUCGGGCCACCAACCGGGCCAUGUACGGGGGCCGCGUCACAGCCAUGGGCAGUAGUCCCAACAUCGCUUCGGUGGGACUGCCCCAUGCUGACCUUCUGUCUUACAGUGACCUGGGCUCCAUCUCCAUGCUGCACGCCCACCACCACCACCAUCAGGGGGUGCCCUCCGCCCUGCUCAGGCAGGCGGUGCGGAGCAGUGGGGGGGAACUGCUGGAGAUGCAGGCCCAGUUCAGGGAUAUGCAGAGGGAGAACGAGAUGCUGCGCAGGGAGCUGGACCUGAAGGACAGCAAGCUGGGCUCGUCCACUAACAGCAUCAAGAGCUUCUGGAGCCCCGAACUGAAGAAGGAGCGCAUCAUGAGGAAGGAGGAGGCGGCGCGCACGUCUAUCCUGAAGGAGCAGAUGAGAGUCACUCAUGAGGAGAACCAGCUGCUGGAUGCCAGGAGAACAAAGCAUCUCCAGAUGACCAUCCAGGCUCUCCAGGACGAGCUGCGCACGCAACGCGAUCUCAACCACUUGCUGCAGCAAGAGAGCGGCAACCGCUCCGGCGCCGAGCAUUUCACCACCAUCGAGCUGACCGAGGAGAACUUCCGCCGGCUGCAGGCCGAGCACGACCGGCAGGCCAAGGAACUCUUCCUGCUGAGGAAAACCCUGGAAGAGAUGGAGCUGAGGAUCGAGACUCAGAAGCAGACGCUGGGAAUGCUGACACCAGGGCAAAGCUACCGAAGCAAGCAGUCAUCCAACGUCCCGCUAAGAAACCAUCUCCAGAUGACCAUCCAGGCUCUCCAGGACGAGCUGCGCACGCAACGCGAUCUCAACCACUUGCUGCAGCAAGAGAGCGGCAACCGCUCCGGCGCCGAGCAUUUCACCACCAUCGAGCUGACCGAGGAGAACUUCCGCCGGCUGCAGGCCGAGCACGACCGAGAUGGAGCUGAGGAUCGAGACGCAGAAGCAGACGCCCUCAACCACUUGCUGCAGCAGGAGAGCGGCAACCGCUCCGGCGCCGAGCACUUCACCACCAUCGAGUUGACCGAGGAGAACUUCCGCCGGCUGCAGGCCGAGCACGACCGGCAGGCCAAGGAACUCUUCCUGCUGAGGAAAACCCUGGAAGAGAUGGAGCUGAGGAUCGAGACGCAGAAGCAGACGCUGGGAGCCAGAGACGAGUCCAUUAAGAAGCUGCUGGAGAUGCUGCAGAGUAAAGGGCUGCCCUCGGGGCCUGGCAGGGUUUCUGAGGAGGAGGAGCAGGAGAGGAACAGGCGCAUUGCUGAGGCGGAAGCCCAGCUGGGACACUUGGAGGUCAUUCUAGACCAGAAGGAGAAGGAAAACAUCCAUCUUAGGGAGGAAUUGCACCGAAGAAAUCAGCUGCACCAGGAUCCAAGCAAAACAAAGGCCCUGCAAACCAUCAUCGAGAUGAAAGACACCAAAAUUGCCUCCCUGGAGCGCAACAUUCGCGACCUGGAGGAUGAGAUCCAAAUGUUGAAGGCAAACGGCUUGCUGAACACGGAGGACCGCGAGGAGGAGAUCAAGCAGAUGGAGGUCUACAAGAACCACUCCAAGUUUAUGAAGACCAAGAUUGACCAACUCAAGCAGGAGUUGUCAAAGAAGGAGUCCGAGUUGCUGGCUCUGCAGACGAAGUUGGAGACCCUCAACAACCAGAACUCGGACUGCAAACAGCACAUUGAAGUGCUCAAAGAGUCUCUCACUGCCAAAGAGCAACGGGCGGCCAUCCUGCAAACAGAGGUAGAUGCAUUGCGUCUGCGUUUGGAGGAGAAAGAGUCCUUCCUCAACAAGAAAACCAAGCAGCUGCAGGACCUGACCGAAGAGAAAGGCACUCUUGCUGGAGAGAUCAGGGACAUGAAGGACAUGCUAGAGGUCAAAGAGAGAAAAAUCAACGUCCUGCAGAAGAAGAUUGAGAACCUGUUUGAGCAACUGCGGGAUAAAGACAAGCAGCUCAGCAACCUGAAGGACCGGGUCAAGUCUCUGCAGACCGACUCCACCAACACCGACACUGCCCUGGCCACCCUGGAGGAGGCGCUGUCAGAGAAGUCCAGCCUCAUCGAUCUGAAGGAACAUGCAUCUUCUCUGGCGUCUUCUGGCCUCAAAAAGGACUCGAAGCUCAAGUCCCUGGAGAUCGCCAUCGAGCAGAAAAAGGAGGAGUGCAGUAAGUUGGAGACGCAGUUACAGAAGCAAGCUGAGCAUCUUUUCAGUCACGUGAACAAUCCUAAGGCCCACGAAGUAGAGCAUCAGUCAGGCUCGAGAGGGAACCCAGAAUACGUGGACCGAGUGAAGCUGCUGGAGAAGGAGGUGAGCUACUACAAGGACGAGGCCAGCAAGGCUCAGACGGAGGUGGAGAGGCUCCUGGACAUCCUGCGCGAGGUGGAGACCGAGAAGAAUGACAAAGACAAGAAGAUCGCAGAGUUGGAAAGACAAGGAGGCAAAGACCCGACCAAGAAAGGUACAAACAUCAAACUGGGACCCCAAGGGGACAAGAAAGGUUUGGGACAGGAUCUCCGUAAGGACGGCUCCUUAGAGGGCGGCCACCACUCCAAACUGGAGGACCUGAUGAACACACUCGAGAGGACGAGGCAAGAACUGGAUUCCACCAAGCAGCGGCUCUCGUCCACGCAGCAGUCGCUGCAGGAGCGGGACAGCCACCUCACCAACAUGAGGCAAGAGCGCAGGAAACAGCUGGAGGAGAUUCUAGAGAUGAAACAACAAGCUCUGCUGGCCGCGAUUAGUGAGAAAGACGCUAAUAUUGCACUGCUGGAAUUGUCUGCGUCCAAUAAAAAGAAAACCCAAGAGGAGGUGAUGUCCCUGAAGCGGGAGCGCGACAAACUGAUGCAUCAACUUAAACAGCACACUCAAAGCAGAAUGAAGCUGAUUGCUGACAACUACGAAGACGAACAAUAUCAUCCGCACGGUCCACACCACCCGCAGCCCCAGGCCCCGCACCCUCAGCCACAACCUCAGACCCAGUACGCCCACCCUCAGCACGCCCAGCAGGUCCCGUAUGCGCACGCCCCUCACAUGCAGCACCCGCAGCACCCACAGGCCGCCCCGCAGCACCCUCACCCCCAGCAGCCGCAGCUCCAGUAUCCUCACGCUCAGCAUCCGCAGCAGCACCCGCAACACCCUCAACCGGCCCCCCAGCACUCACAGCACCCGCGCCCCCCGCAGCCCCAGCAUCCGCACCAACAGCACCUCCAGCAUCCCCCGCAGCAUCCGCACGGACAUCUUCCACCGAAUCACCCGCAUCCCCAACACCCACAUGGCCCUCUCCAACCGGCGCCUCACCCUCAGCACCCGCAUCCUCAGCACCCACAGCACCCUCAGCAUCCUCAACACCCGCAGCAUCCUCAGCAUCCUCAACACCCUCAGCCCCAACACCACGGGCAGCAUCCACGCCACCCGUCGCCUCAUCAUCGUGGCGGUCCGGGUCGAGGACCCCCACAUGCUGGACACCGCCCUUCCCCGGACCAGGUUAGAAGUCUCUCACGUUAUCAGGAUGACGAAGAAGGAAUAUGGGCAUAAUCGUUGCUAUGACAACCAAAGUUCAAAUUAUUUUGAGGGGUGAGAUCUUUUUUUAUUUGUGAUUUUAUUUAUUUAUUUUUUUUGUUCCACUGCUUGCGGCUGUUGCGUUGUUGACCAAGUAAAUGGCUUGUUGUUCAGAUGACUCAGCCACUGCUGGGGGGGAAAGCAGCCAGAAGCCAAUGUUGAAUUUCCAGGACACUGAUGAAACAUUUGUUACCUGACUCAGCAAGGAGACCUUUGGGUGGGAGACAUUUGUUUUGUGUUAGUUUUUUUUUUUUUUGGGUGGAAUGGGGGUACCCCUGUGGUGUGCAAGUCAGGCGCCGGGAGGCUAACAGCUGAGCGGGUGACCUUGGAGCAGACCUUCUCAGCUUUCCCAGCACAGAAAUACUGUAUGGUACGGACAUGAAGCGGCUAAGGAAAGACCCCGCGCCCCCCGCCUCCUUUUUCUCACAGCUAUCUUAACCACAUUUGCCCCCCUGCUGAACACGAGGCCUCCUCAGGAGGUCGCAAGACUAUUCUCCACCCGGUCAUGGCCCCCGUAUUCUUCCAUCCUGGCUUCCUUCUCGUGAUUGCUUCAAGGUCAUGGCCGCCUCAGCUGUCGACUAUCCCCCAAGCCUGACUAACUCCUUCGGAUCUGGCUCCCUCCACUAUGUCUUCAUCUUCACUGCCCUCUUCCAAGUUGACAACCGAACCCACGUCAUAGCGACUGUGAAUCCUAAAUAUCUGCGAUAACACCCACAAACGGACGUCGUUUGUAACUUUUUACUGGUGUCGCCUUUUUUUUUUUUUUGGAGGAACUGCUGUUCAACGUGUCCCAAAAGUAAGAAUAGUGCGUGCCACACAUGGAGACUUCGGUGGUCAUUUUUCAAAGAGGUGCCUUGAAAUGGACACGAGGGCCCUCCAGCUUGUUUUCGCUUGAGUUUGCCGUCAUCUUCAUAUUACCUCGUUUCAAUCCAACAAAGUGAAAACUAAAAAAAAACAAAAAACAAAAAACAAUCUAUGCAGACGUCAGUGUUGCAUGAAUUCAUUUAACUCACUGUCUGUUUUCAAAGUGUAAUUACCCACCGAAUCAGAGUGGCCAAAAAAGUGAGUAGAAUCUGACAGCUAAUGUCAAGAGACUAUGCACCUACGCACCUUCUCUUGUUCCGGGAUGUGUUUUGUUUUUUGGUUGUUGUUGUUUUUUUUUGUUUUGUUUUUUUUUAACUCAUGGUGCUCCAGCUGCAGGUGCUCAAUAGAAAUUGUGUCAGUGGCUCAAGGGAGUCACCACAUGAACAAUUAGCAGUAGACAACUUUGUACAUAUGUCAGGAGGGGCACUUUGUGAUCAAUUGAAGAACCCCAAAGAGACUCAAGAAUCUUCGAAAUACAACAACUAGGAAGAGUUGUCCUGUAGCCCACCACCAGUCCUCCUUAACCCCGUCUCUUCCACAAGUAGUCUUCGUCACAUCCCCAAACGUAGUGACCUGUUUCAGUCCCUCUCAUUCAGGUGGCCUCCUUAAAAAAAAAAAAUGUACACAUAUAUGAUAGAUAUGCAUAUAUUAUACAUAGAGAGAAUCUAUAGAGUGUGUCUAAGUGUGGUCAGAAAAUGGUUUCAACUGACAAGAUUUAAAAACAAAAAACGUUUUUUUUCUUUAUGGUUAUUUUUUUCUAAAUGGAUGGGGGGGGGUGGUGUUAAGUGCUUUUUGUACAUCUGGAGAAAAACCCUGAGUGGAGAUGAACAUUCCCUGUCUGAAAAUACAGACGCCGUGCAAAAAAAAAAAAAAAAAAGAGCAGAAAUACUGAUCUAAAUCUUUCUAGAAACUCAUUUUACAUUCCUUUUACCUAUUCUACAUUCCUUCUACUGUUUUAGUCCAGAGAUUUUCAAAGCGUGAGCCAGGGGACUUCAGGGGAGGCACAACAGCUUGAG